AUGCGCUUUGUUAUUUAUCUCGUGGCGCUCAUUGCAUCGGCGACCCUGUCAGCGUCUGCUCCGGUUGCUGACAGACCAUCUCCGAUCGAGUCCGGCCUCCGCCUUGUCAAGACAUCCGAGGCUGAUCCUGGAUCCUGGGUCACAGAGGAUGACAAGGAUAGAAUGAGGCUUAAUGGUAUCAGCUUUUACGAUAUCACCGACAUUGACGUGCAGAAAAUAGAUGAUAUCUCGGACGUAUCCAAUUCUCUGGAGCUGAGAUCAGUACUUGCGAGACAGACAGUCACUUACCCAACUCACCUGUCGCAUCAGGCCAGAACACAAUGUCUACUUCCAAGGGUGAAUACAGAUGGUCCCAAGGUUUGGCUCAAGAACAUGACCGAAUUCUGGAAUCGACACUACCGGUCUGUCAACGGCACGCUUGCGGCGACGUGGGUGUUUGACUUGGUCAAGGACAUCGGCAGCCCCAAUCCCCUUAUCGAGGUUUCUCAGUUCCCGCACAGUGCCUUUGACCAGCCGUCAGUCAUUGCCAAGAUCCCUGGUAAUAGUUCAGAUCUCGUCAUCGUUAGCGCACAUUUUGACUCCACGGGAGGAAGUCCAACUGCUCGGGGCCCAGGAGCCGAUGAUAAUGGCUCUGGAGUAGUUGUUAUUCUGGAAGCCCUCCGAAUCUUCGCCCAAGCCAGGUAUAAGCCCGAGAACACCAUUGAAUUCCAUUUUUACGCUGGGGAAGAAGGUGGUCUGCUCGGCUCCCGGGAUAUCUUUAAAGAUUACAAAGCAAAGAACAAGACGGUUCUGGCGAUGGUGAACCAAGAUAUGGCAGGCUACUCGCCCAGCGGCAAGAUUUCAAUCUUCACCGACUACGUUGACUCAGGAUUGACUGCAUACUGCCGACUUAUUGCAGAAGAGUAUACUGGAGAGACCACGGAAGACACCUGCGGCUAUGCUUGCUCUGAUCAAUGGAGCGCAUAUGACCAAGGAUUUCCUGCGGCUUAUGUUUGCGAUGAGGUCAUUAAAACAUCUAGUCCGUAUAUUCACAGUUCAAGAGAUACUUAUGACACGAUUCAGUGGGACGCUAUUCACCGCCACUCGGUUUUCACGGUGGCUUUUUUGGUUGAGGCAUCAUAUUUGUAA